CCUGUACGCCCGUUUUUACACGGAAAAUGUAUUCGGCUACACUCAUUAUUUUCAGCGUUGCCACUGCUCAUGCCGGUGUCGUGUAUCCGGUUCUGAUUGAAAGCAGAAGCGGCAACUCAAGAGGCGCUGUUCAACUUUCUAAAGACUACGUCAUAGACUUGGAAGUGUCCAGUGUAUUAGGGGACAGUCUGUUUUUUAGCGAGGCUGAAGAUGGAGAGGUGAACCAUGAAUUGAUGGAUACUACAGACAUACGUAACAGUGUUUAUGAAAAUUCGGAACACAAAGCAUCAUUUACAAUUACCGAAACAGUUGGGGGAAUUGAAAUGGAAGGAUACCUAAACUUUACACAUGGAAUUGAGCCAUUGCGAAUACAUGACAAAUCCGGCCGAAUCCCCCACAGAAUAUUUCCGCUCCCGACGCCUGAGCAGAAGAUCCACUUUGAAAUUCCCGUUGAAGAACGUUCCGAUGAAAGUUUACCGCCAAAAAAUGACACUGCAGAGCCCCCAAGCGAGUGGCGACCCGAAAUGUACGUUAUGUUUGACAGUGUAAUACACAAGUACCUCAAGGAAAGCAAAUAUCUACAGACAAGAUACAUCAUAAGGCUAAUGAACAUUGUGAAUGCAAUCUUCAAGACGGUUCGCAAACCCCGAAUAAACCUCCAGCUUGUUGGAAUAUUCCGGUUUAAGACGAAAGAAGAUGAGUAUUUCAUUGUGGAGGAAGAUAAUAUAGUCUCAUCGCAUGAGUCACUAAGAGCCUUUGGACAAUUCACAGCAAGCACCACGUUUGCAAGGCCUGCCGACUUCUACUUUAUGCUCGUUGGGCGCCGCUUAGGGACACGCAACAAGAACACUAAUAAAGUAUCUCCUAAUGUUUACGGUUCCGCCUUUACCGGAAUGAUCUGUGUGAGUGGCUCAAAUGUAGGAAUAGCUGAGGAACGACCUCCUCUUUACUAUAUGUUCGGCACAAUAGCCCACGAAAUUGGGCAUUUGCUCGGGAGCACGCAUGAUGGAAACGGUCCCGUGGGACAUAUCAAGAAUCAUCCUGGUGCUGUGGACUGCAAGUUACCAGAGAAAUACAUGAUGAAACGUGCGGGGCAUUAUAGACCACCUUUCACAUUUUCGAAUUGUAGUGAAGAGGGGAUGCAAUUUGUUUUAAAGCUACGUGGGGAGGAAUGCUGGAAAACAAAAUCCAACUAUGACUUUUUUGUUGUCACUAAGGAGGUUGCGGGCCGCAGAAUCACACCGGAGAUGUUGUGUCGACGCAUUAACCCGGAGCAAUUCUCUUCGGCCAAGAUGGAGAACUGCGUCAUAACGUGCCGUAAUAAUGUGACCAUUAAAAACGGUUCCUACCAAAUAAAGGAGAACAUCCACUUUGCUCCAUUUGGUUACCCGUGCGGGGAUGGAGGAAAGCGGUGCUGGUUCGGAAACUGCUCAAAUAUUGAAAAUGAAGUCUGUUAA